AGCCUCAAUAGUGUUUUAUUUUGCACUCUAUUUUCUUUGCUUCUUAAGUAUUGUCCCCCGCCCCCAUGGCCAUGAAUUUCAGUCACUCCAAUUUGAUUUCAUCAACUAGCCGCUUUUUUCUUUCAUCCACCAACUCUGACUUAGGCUUGACCCUUGUGAGGGAUAGUGACAUCAUUAACUCAAAUUUAGGUCCCGUUAGCCAUAGAGUCAGGGAAGUAAAUAGAACUUAUGUUUCAUUGAAUAGAGUUCAGGCUCACAGUGUACUUAAUGAUGUCCCUUUGCUCGCCUUUCCUCUAAAUCCAGUUACUACUGUCACUGAGAUUGUCAGAACUACUCGUUUUCUUACACCAACCUCUACAAUGGAACGCAUGUUUGCUUCAAGCUCUAGAGUUAGCCCACACGAAAUGUUUCCAACCAGUGGUGUUUUCGCCCAAGCCCAACCUCAUGUGAGAAGCCAACCCAAUCAGCUCAUGAAUAUGAAUCUCUUUCGCUCUGAGAACCCACCAAUGAACCAAAUCAAUGUUCGUAGCAAUGUUAACAGAGAAACUAAUUUUGAAUCUGCAUCUGGUUAUUCACUUGAAAAUCCUAUGUAUUAUGACCAAGGCCUUAGAAACUUUGAUCAAAUGGCUAUGCUUUCGCGUAAUCUUGAUAACAUGAAUAACUCCAACUACAACAUCAACCCUAGCACUCAGAGAAACCAACCAAGUUCUAAUAGCAAUUUCGAAGAGGUUUCUGAUGAAAAUAGAGAAGAUUAUGAUCAUCCAAAAGGGUAUGAUGGUAGGACAAAUAGUUUUCCUGGUUAUCUUAAAGGUGUAUAUGGAUGUCCUAAAUGCUUGGCUACUUUUUAUUCACCCAAAUCGUUUGCAGCUCAUAUCCAAACUCACUACAAGCAUGAAAGCAAAGAAGAGAGGAGAAGAAGGAUGACUGCCAGGUUGAGGGGGAGGAAUCCUCGCCUUUUUUGGUCCAGCCAUGGACUUACCGCUAUACCUGAGUCUUCCAAGGGAAUCACCAAGGGAUAUUCUACAAGAAGAAAGAAUGAACUUGCUGACAAAGUUGAGAACAUCAACAUAGUUCGUAUGGGACAUGGCUUGAGUACUUUUGGAGCUACCAUGAAAGCCCCCACUCCUAGUGUUAUGAUCAAAGAAGAACCUAAGUAGUUCGAUCAACACAAAUGAUGUGAUUAAGAGACGUUUUUAGGAGUGUUAAAAGUAAACAAUCUAUUUUAUUCUACUAGAAAAUAGCUUUGCAAUUACAAUGGAAGUCAUGGUUUAUGUUUUUUUUUUUAUUGAAAUAUGAUAAUUUUUUUAUA